GCGCAGGGAGCGUGAGAGAUGGCGAGUAGUGGCGCGGAGGGGGUGUGCGGGUGGGGGCGCUGGCAGGCGCGGCUGGCGCUGCUGCUGGCGCUGCCCGUGCUGCUGACGGGCAUGUACUGCACCAACUACGUGUUCCUGGCCGCGGCAUCCAAUCACAGAUGCCUGGUCCCAGAAUGCGAAGGCAACUCGAACGAGACGUCGUAUUCCGCGGCGCGCGCAGAUUGGGGUGGGUACGCGCUGCCCAAAGAUGCGUGCGCGCGCUACCAACCCCUUGACGACACGUGUGGGUCGGAGUCGUUCAAGCAGACUCUGAUGGAGUGUGAGGAGAUAGUGUACGAGUCACACAGCAGCAUCGUGGCGGAGUUUGGCCUGGGCUGUCAAGAAUGGAAACGCUCGCUGGUGGGCACCAUCCACAACGUGGGCAUGCUCAUCUCGCUGCCCAUCAUUGGGCACAUUUCUGACCACUACGGCCGCCGCACGGCAUUGAUAGUAAGCGGCGUGGGUGCCGGUAUCCUCGGGCUGUGCAAGUCUUUGGCUGGAUCUUACUACGCGUACCUGAUGUGGGAACUAUUAGAAACCAUCCUGGGCGCCAGCGUCUACCCAGCGGCUUUCGUGCUCAUGAUCGAAUGGCUGGGUGUCGAGCACCGGAUCCUCGCCAGUCUCGUCCUGGGCAUCCCCCUGGCCUGCGGCGCCGCGACGCUCUCCCUUCUCGACUACCUAGCUGGCUAUUGGCGUACUUGGUGCCGCAUAGCCUACCCACCGUCCUUGCUCUUGCUGCUCUACCCCUGGCUCUUACCGGAGAGUAUCCGCUGGUUGGCCAUUCAGAACCGCGUGUCAGAAGCCGUCGCGGUGAUGAAACAGGCGGCGCGGUGGAACCGCGUGCAGGCCUCGGAUGAGGCGUUUGAGAAGAUGCUGUGUGAUCAGAAUGAGAAGACGCCUGUGGCUAAGGUUGAGGAGGAGAGCCUAUUUGCCGCUUUUCUCAAAUACGGCGCCCUCCGACGCCGCCUAUGCGUGUGCUUCGUGUGGUGGAUCUCGGCCGUGUUCGUGUUCUACGGAUUAGCGGUGCACGUGCACGCUCUGGGCGGCUCCGCGCACGCCACCUACGCCAUGGUGGCGGCGGCCGAGCUGCCUGCCCUGCUGCUCAACACGCUGCUGCUGGACCGUGCUGGGAGGCGGCCGGUGCUGACGGCUGCGUUCCUCACGACGGCCUGUGCGCUUGUCGCGAUUUCCUGUUUGCCAGAAGGUAGCGGCUGGUGGGCCACAGCGCUCUACCUGAUCGGCAAGCUCGGCGCCACCAUGUCCUUGAACGCGCUGUACGUGUACACAGCUGAACUGUUCCCCACUCGCGCACGGCACCGUCUGCUAGCCGCCUGUUCUACCUGUGGUCGGCUUGGGGCUGUGCUGGCUCCGCUUACACCUAUGCUGGGGCAGUUGAAGCCGUGGCUGCCGACAGCGAUCUUCGGCACGCUGCCGCUGCUGAGCGCGGCGCUUACUCGACUAGUACCUGACACAUUGCACGCGCGGCUACCUGACUCCUUCUCUGAUUUGGAUCCGGCGCGCAUCCGCGCUGCUGAUGUCUGAACUCAUUGCUUAAGAAUUCUGUAGUGGCCAAGAGAGGUCGCUACGUUACUACACAGCAGGACUUGAAGCGAUAAAUUGGUAUUGUGAUUGAUAAUAUAUUUUGUGGUCUUGUGAGGAGCCGUUACAACUAUGUCGGUAGAUUGAGAAAGGUGUGGAAAAGCUUUGUUUGGGACUACUAGAAGUUGAAAUUCUCGCCGGCAAUUGACGGGACAGUUGAUGGAUAUAGUGACGAUUUAAAAUCUCGAGCUUAUCGGCGGAACGAUUCCGCUGUGUGAAAUAUAUUGUGAAAUAUUGAAUAGGGAUCAUGUGCUAUGCAUAUUUUUCUUUGUUUUUUAGUUAAGUAGAAUUAUUUUAAUGUAUACUUUCAUUGAGAUUGAUCGGUAUAGUAAAAUAUUAAUACGAGUAAAUAAAGAGCAAAAAGUGUACCUAAUGAAAUUCACUGGUCUUGCAUAUGUCAAACGGUGUUGUUUUAAGCACUUGAUAUUAGCGAAGCCAUGUAUUGCGUUAAUAACUUAUAAGUUGUUCCGGGAAGCUUGUAGUCUAUUAUAUUAGAGGCCGUCUAAGCUAAAACAAUUCUGCACAUACUUGACAGAGUGCGGAAGCGUCACCAUAAAGGCCAAAUUUCUAAAUACUGGCGCUUCAUUUCUUUGUCAGUGCCAAGUCGGUGCACCUUAGAUGGACUCUACAUACGUACAUAUAAAGAUUUUACUGUACAGUGACCUGCAUUAAUAUAUUAUGUUACUCUUCGGAGGCCGUGAAACUAUGUGACACGCUCUUAUGGCUCUACAAAUAAGAUAUGUAUUUUGCGUAACUUAUUAUUGCAGGUGCCUGUACGAGUAAGAUUGGUUACUGGAGGUGAAAAAAUGAAUAAAUACUUUUUUCUACAAUUAGGAAAGAUUAUGUCAAUAUUUUGAAAGCAAGGGAACGCCAGCUGUAAAAAAAGGAAACUGAAAUCAUUCAUGAAAUAAAACCAUUGAAACGGAUGAUGUCGCGUAUAUUGAAUUAAUCGUUGACCACGAAAGCUGUAAAGGGUAAGAAACGUCGGGAUGAAUUCCAUGUUGGUACCCGAUAUAAUCCGUUUCAAUAGUUUUCUUUCAUGAGUAACUAUCGCGGUAACCGAAGACAAUAUUCUGAAAUCAUUCCCCAAUCUUGGCAGAAUUUUGCUUUCUUAAAGUACAACCUAUUACUCGUAAGUCUAGCAAUUAACUAGAUUUAGAAAACUCUAGAGGUUGAAUUUAAUAUUAUUACUUUAGCGCGUAACAGGUUGAACUGAUUGUAAUAAAUGGUGAAACCAUUUUUUAGUUUUUAUAAUUGAUGAAGUUAAAUGUUUAAAGGGGCCCACUGAUUAACAGUCCGCCGGACGGUAUUGGCCUGUUAGUUAGAAUAUAGUUAGAACAUAAUUUUGACAGUUCCGAACAACUGACAGGCCGAUACCGUCCGGGGGACUGUUAAGUAAUUAGUAAUCCCCUAAAAAAAUAAUAGUUUAGUUUUAAUAAAAGCAUAAUUUACUUCUUUACCGACCUGCUAUGCUAUAAACUGAGUAUUGUGCUGUUUGUUGUUUCCAAUUAAUUGUGUGCCUACGCAGCACGCAGUCCUUUUGAGUUAAUUCAACAACUUUGCAGCUAUGAAAUGUAAAAGUUAAAACUUUUAACAUAUUUUUAUAGAAAUUUGACGGUUACUUUACCUACGGUAGCACUUCCACACUCGCCACGUACAGGUUAGCUUGCUCUGACUGUCCGAAUAUCUAAACUGAUUGUUACAACCAGUCGAUUGUGACGGAAUAACUGUUUGAAUGUUUGGUUUGGCUCGACUUGGCUAGAUAAUCGGCCCGAUUCGAACUUUAAGAUGCGUCAAUUAAUAGAUCUAGAAAAUAUAUGGAUUAGAUAUAUCAGUGUCAAAUGUGACGCUUCUUCGAACAAAAACGUUACUUUUGCUACUGACUCAUCACAUCCAUAUCGUUUGUAGAUCUUUUAAUUGACGUAUCUUAAUCGUAAAGUUCGAAUCGGGCAGUAUGUCACUUCGACAUGUUUUUAGUAAAAGUCACGAUUUUGCUAAAUAUACAAUUUCUUAUGUACAAUUUUUACAAAAUGCCAUAAUGUGUGUCUGCUACUCUUCACUUUUAAGUUAAUCACAAGAAAAAUUGCUAAUUAAAUUUCAAAAGGCGUCUCGAUUAAAAAUAUUUGAAGAUGUUGA